AUGCGUGUAGCCGUAGCUGGGGGUACGAGUCCCACGCUCGGUGCAUCGAUUGUAUCCGCUCUCCUCGCCACUCAAGGCCGCUACACCCCAGUGGUUCUCUCGCGCGAGAGUAAACGAGAAGCCUCUCGACUCCCACCACUUCAGCAAGAUGCUGAGAUUCGAUAUGUAGACUACAGCUCACAAGCUUCCCUAGUGGCAGCUCUGCGAGAUGUGGAGGUAGUCAUCAGCGUCCUCUUAAUACCUGGCCCGGACUGGAUCACCGCACAAGUGAACCUGCUCCACGCGGCGGAAGAAGCCGGGUGUCGACGAUUCGCACCAUCAGAGUUCGCACUCACAGACCAUGCACACACAAUGGUUGAUUUACUAGCAGCAAAGAACGUAGUCUGGAAAGAGGUUCAAACCUCAACGAGCCAAGGCAAAAUCGACGCCGCUCGCUUUCCAUGUGGUAUGUUCAUGAAUUACCUUGGAAUUGGGAUCCCAAAGGACGACACCAGACUCGACGCACUAGCUGGCUUUCAAGAAGAGUCCUUUCUUGUUCACCUAGAUGCUCCAUUACCUUGGAUCGAGGUCCCACUACGUGCAGAUGGAUCGUUCCCGAAUUUGACCCUGACCGACAUCAGGGAUGUGGGACCUUUCAUAGUCGCUGCACUUGAUAUUAAGGAGCCGUGGGGAGGUAGAGAUCUCGGAAUGGCAGGGGAUACCCUUGGCUUCACCGAUCUGAUCAGUCUAUGCAAACGAUACACUGGGAAAUCAAUCCAGGUUCGCAAGGUAACGAAAUCAGAACUUGUUACACGGCUCCGGGGUAUAUCGCCAGGCCAGUUUAUCCAAUACAUGGAAUGUCAAUUAGAGAUUGUGGGGACGUUAGAUCAAUGGGUGAUUGAUCCCGCGUUGAAUCGUCUAUCUUCGAUCCAGCCAACCACGGUGGAACAGUACAUGAAGCGAUACUGGGGCAAAGAAUGA